AUGGCACUGGGCUGCGCGGCCCUGACGCUGGCCCUGCUGCUGCCCCUCUGCCCCUGGGCCCACGGGGCACAGCUGCUCCUUGGAGCCGCCAGCUCCGGGCGGCGACCCCCCUGCCCAGCCCCUGGCAAGGAGCGUGCAGCCCGCAGCAGGGAGAACUUCCCCGGCUCUCCCCUGGCCUUCCCCAGGCACAGGAUCAGCAAAGGUCACUGCUCACCUCCCCCCGAGGGGAACUUCCCCAUCUCGCAGUCACGGCAACCUUGCCCGGGCCUGGCCUGGGGAGCCAGCCUCCCCUCACCGCGCGGUCUGCUCCUCCCCGCAGCCCAGCAGCUGGCAGCCCCGACCCGGGUGCGAUUCGUGGCACAGACCCUGCAGCACGUGCUGCACUGGGAGCCCGCGGAGGACGCGCCCCACGACACCCUGUACAACGUGGAAUACAGGCUGUACGGGCCUGGGAGCUGGAUGCCUGCCCCGAAGUGUCGUGUGAUCUCUGAGCUCUCCUGCGACCUCACCAACGAGACCAUGGAGCCCACCAAGCGCUACUACGCCCAGGUCAGGGCCGUCUCUGGAAACUGCACCUCGACAUGGACCCGGACGAAUGCUUUCUCCCCAAGAGAAGCGACUCUGCGCCUCGCCGGGGUUCAUCUGUCGGUGACGGGCAACAACAUCCACGUGAGCGUGCAGCUGCCCCUGCCUGUGGGCAAUGUGACCGUCUCGUUCGCGGAGUUGUACAAACACAGCAGACAGUACCUUGUGCUCGUCAACAGGACCUCAGACCACGAGCAGGUCCGGUACGUGCACACCAGCGAGACGAUCGUCAUCUCCGACCUCUCCUGGGGUGAGCAAUACUGCGUGCGCUUGCAGCCGCACAUCAUCUCCAGGCCGAACCCUGGGAUAUGGACUGAAGAGAAGUGCGUCUCCAUCCCCAUCAAGGAUGAGAAAAUGGAGCUGAUCUCCACCAUCGUGGGCAUCGUCCUGUUCAUCCUCGCGGCCCUGGUCCUGCUGGGGAUGCUCUUCAUCUGCAUGUACAUAAGGAGGCCCAUGAGGACGCCGGGCGUGUUGAAAUCCCUCAUCAAGCAGAGCACCCUGUGGGCAGAGCAAGAGCACUUCUCUGGCGGGGGCACGGACGUGAGCUCUGUCUGGUCCCUGUCCAUGUGCCCCAAGGACACCGCGCAGCGCGCCCACCUCGACAGCGGCUCCGAGCUGGCACUGCCGGUGCUCGACGAGGACUGCACGGUGCACGGAGACCAAGAGUGCCUGCUGGAGGGUUGCGCCCUGCCCGCGGACGACCGCAGCUGCAGCAGCACGGACAGCGGCAUCUGCCUGCAAGCCUCCUCCUCCGACCUGAGCCAGCCGCCCGGCUCAGAGAGCCAGGGCUACCAGAGGCAGCUGCCACAGGGCGAUGACAGUGGCAUAAGCCUGGCAAAGCGCCCCCCCAGCCAGAAGGACUACGAGCUGGUGGAGGAAGGGGACGUGCCGAGGCCCGGGGCACUGGGCCGUGCCCCCGCUGCCGGCGCGGAGGAGGGGGAGCACGUGCCGUUCCGGGGGUACCUGCAGCAGUCCAAGGGCCAGGUGGAGGCGCGGCUGAUCCUGGACAGUGCCGGGCCUGCCUGGAGCGCUGGCAAGGUGGAGGGCACCCUGGACGUGGGCUCUGAGCCCGUUACUGCCAAGGGCUAUUUGAAACAGGCCUCGCCAGAGCUUCCCCACAGCAGCUCCAGCGUGGCCAUUGCCCUGAGGGACCAGGCCCUCGCUCAGCAGCUGGCACCUCUGGGCUUGCUGAACAGGUUUGACUCCGGAGCCUGGGACCUGCCCAGCUCCGGGGUACCGGCCCCCUCCCCAGUGAUGAAACUCUUCCCGGACCUGCCGAAGGCACCGUUUCACCUGAGCAUCUUUGACACUGGGCAGCUGGGCACCCUGCCCCCCAUCUCCAGCCUGAACUCCGGGGAGUGGCUGAGCCUGGACAUCGAGCUGCUGAGCUUGCUGGACGCGGAGUGCAAGGACAGCCGCCUCUGAGCCCAACCAGCCGGAGCCCCAAGCCCGGGCUCUCGGUCCGACUCCUCCACACUACUUUG